AUGAACCCGCUACUCUUCCUGUACCUUAACCUCGUCCGCGGCCCGCAGAUCGCCGCGGAGCGCCAGCGCAAGGAGGCCGAAGCAGCACAAGCAGCCAACCCGGCGCCGGCGCCAGUCGAGGCCAAGGAGGUUGUCAUGGCGUCGUGCAAGAACCUCUGCGUCGCGUGCGCAAGUGACCCGAUGUCGAUGCUCUCGCCCGUCUUCAUCUUCCAGAUCCUCCUCAUCCUCUUCGCGCUCGCUGUCUUCAUCUACCGCAGCCUCUAA